AUGGUCAACACUCAAUGGGAAGCGAUGAAGGACCUUUGUCCUUCUAAUCCAAGUUUUUUACCACAAGAUUAUCCAGAUUUAACAGACAAAAUUGCUUUAAUUACAGGUUCAAAUACUGGUGUUGGAUAUGAAAGUGCAAAAGCAUUACUAAAGCAAAAUGCUACAGUGAUUUUCCUCAAUAGAAAUCUUGAAAAGACUGAAGACGCAAUUGAACGUAUUAAAAAAGAGUUACAUGACAAAGAUCUAAACAAAAAGAUCUUUUCAUUCAGAGCUGAUCUAAGUGAUUUAUCAAGUAUUAAACCUGCAGUUGACAAAAUCAAAUCAAUGUUCCAUGAAAUUCAUUUCACUAUAUUGAAUGCAGGUGUUAUGCAACCUCCUGAUGGAUCCAAAACAAAACAAGGUUAUGAAUUGCAAAUUGGUACUAAUGUCCUUGGACACCAUUUACUACAACUUUUAUUAACACCAUUAGUAUUGAAUGCAGCUACACCGGAUUUUAAUCCAAGAGUUGUUUGGUUGACUUCGUCUGCUCAUUUGUUAUCUUACCCUAAAGGUGGUAUCAAAUGGGAUAGUUUCCAUGAUGCUAGCAAUUCAAGUUCAAUGACAUGUUAUGGACAAUCUAAAACAGGUAACAUGUAUCAAGCCUAUAUAUAUGGGAAGUUGCAUAAAAAAGAUGGUAUCAUUAGUGUUGGUGUUCAUCCUGGUUAUUUGAACUCUGAAUUACAAAGAUCAUAUGGAAAAUUUAAGCAAUUUUUUUUGAAAAAAAUAUUUUAUCCGCCUGUAUAUGGUUCAUAUACUGAAUUAUUUGGUGCACUGAGUCCAGAUGUCACUUUGGAAGAUAAAUAUGGUCGAUAUAUUGGACCAUGGGGUGAAUUCAGACUCCUAAGAGAUGAUAUUCAAGAGGGUUUAAGUGAUGGAACUGCACAAAAGUUUUGGGAUUGGGCCUCAAAAGAGGUUGAGCCUUAUAUAUGA